AUGGACCGGCGGACGUGGGGCAUUCUCCUCCUCUGCUUGUGGAGUCUCUUACCUACUGCACUGUUCCUCAUGCAUCCGGAGUGUGACCUCAUCAUGCAGUUGAGAGAGGACGAGCAUGCAUGCCUACAGGCAGCAGAGAGGAUGCCCAACACCACCCUGGGCUGCCCAAGCACCUGGGAUGGGCUGCUGUGCUGGCCAAAGGCAGGCUCUGGCGAGUGGGUCACCCUCCCCUGCCCAGAUCUCUUCUCUCACUUCCUCUCAGAGCCAGGGGCUGUGAAGCGGGAUUGCACUAUCACAGGCUGGUCCGAGCCCUUCCCGCCCUACCCUGUGGCCUGCCCCGUGCCCCUGGAACUACUGGCUGAAGAGAAAUCUUACUUCUCCAUGAUGAAGACCAUCUAUACCAUGGGCCACAGCAUCUCUGUAGUAACUCUCUUCCUGGCCAUCACCACCCUCAUGGCUCUCAGGCGGCUCCACUGCCCCCGGAACUAUAUCCACACCCAGCUGUUCAUCACCUUCAUCCUCAAGGCGGGAGCUGUUUUCCUGAAGGACGCCACCCUUUUCCACAGCGACAACACGGACCACUGCAGCUUCUCCACCGCUCUGUGCAAGGUCUCAGUGGCUGCCUCCCAUUUUGCUACCAUGACCAACUUCAGCUGGCUGUUGGCCGAAGCCGUCUACCUGAACUGCCUCUUAGUCUCCACGUCUCCCAGUGUGCGGUGCCCUUUCUGGUGGCUGGUUCUUGCUGGCUGGGGGUUCCCCCUGUUCUUCACCAUCACCUGGGUGGGCUGCAAGUGGGCCUUCGAGGACAUUGCGUGCUGGGACCUAGACAACAGCUCCCCCUACUGGUGGAUCAUCAAGGGGCCUAUCAUCCUUUCAGUCGGGGUGAACUUUGGGCUUUUUCUCAAUAUUAUUCGCAUCCUGUUGAGAAAGCUGGAGCCAGCACAGGGCAGCCUCCACAACCAGUCUCAGUACUGGCGUCUCUCCAAGUCAACACUUCUCCUCACCCCUUUGUUUGGAAUUCACUACAUCAUCUUCAACUUCCUGCCAGACAAUGCUGGCUUGGGCAUCCGCCUGCCCCUGGAACUGGGGCUGGGCUCCUUCCAGGGUUUCAUCGUUGCUAUCCUGUACUGCUUCCUCAACCAAGAGGUGAGGACUGAGAUCUCUCGAAGGUGGCAUGGCCAGGACCCUGAGCUUCUGCCAGCCCGAAGGACUCCCACCAGAUGGACAAUGCCAUCCAACUCGGGGGUGAAGGUGCUGACAUCUGUCUGCUAG